ACGUGACUGGCUUAGUUUGAAGCCAGAGUGUAAAGAUGGUUGCCACUGUAAGCAAGUCAAAGCUGGAACGAUUGAGAAGUUUCUGUUUUUUAUGUCCAAUGUUUCAUUUGAAAAACAUCCGUGAAUCAACAUGUUUGUUUGUUACCGCUUGUUUAUUGAUUAGCCAGUCGUUGGCAGACGACCAGGACUUUAUUGAGGAGUUUUUGAAGCGGGAAUAUUCUCUGGCAAAACCGUACCGUGGGUUGGCACUCUCGAGUUCUUCUCAGUGGGAUCUCAUGGGCACUGCCAUGGUUACACCUGAUCAUGUGAGGCUGACUCCAGACCUGCAGAGCAGACAGGGAGCAGUGUGGAGUCGAAUUCCUUUUUUCUUGCGGGAUUGGGAGCUUAAAGUGCACUUUAAAAUCCACGGCCAGGGAAAGAAGAAUUUGAAUGGGGAUGGCAUGGCUAUCUGGUUAACCAAAGAUCGCAUGCAGAAUGGUCCUGUGUUUGGUAACAUGAACCAGUUCAUUGGACUUGGAAUAUUUGUGGACACUUACCCCAAUGCUGACAAGAGCCAUGAUAGGGCUUUUCCACAUGUGUCAGUGAUGCUGGGAAAUGGAACUCUGUCAUAUAACCACGACUAUGAUGGACGGCACACUGAGCUUGGGGGAUGUACGGCUAUGACGCGCAACGCAAUCUAUGACACGUUUCUCCUUGUCAGAUACUCAAAAAACAGACUCACGCUCAUGGUGGACGUAGACGGUAAGCAGGAAUGGAAAGACUGUGCUGACAUCACGGGACUGCGGCUACCUACAGGUUAUUUCUUUGGUGCCUCCUCUGCCACUGGAGACCUGUCAGAUAACCAUGACAUCAUCUCUAUGAAGUUGUACCAGCUUACAGUGGAGAGGACACCUGAGGAAGAAGGGGAGGAAGAGGAGGUCACAAUCCCCGGAGUUGACAACAUGGAACAGUUCCAAGUGGAAGUCCAGGAGGAAGGGAUGAGCAGAGUUCAGUUCUUCUUCACCCUCCUUUUCUCCAUCCUGGGCCUGGCAGUGCUGGCAGUGGUGGGGCUCAUUGUUUACGGCCGCUGGAAGGAAAACCGACGCAAACGUUUCUAUUGAUCACAGAACUGUUUCACUGUUUUCACAAUGUAUGUUUCUUAAUUAACAUACAUCACAACAAUGCAAAGACUGCCAUAGCUGUACUGAACCAUACAAGAAACUGAUGGGUCUGAAGCCCAGAGAACAUAAAGAGCCGAGAUGAACAGGUGAGCCAGCUGUGAAAUAUUUUCUAAAGCUGCUUGAUGUUGAAAUAUGCUCUGAAGUACACAGCAAUAUCUGUACUAGCUGAGACUCUGUAGAUUUAAAAAUAAACGGUCAUGAGUUUCUGAUGUCACCAACAGGAAGAAACAAACAUAAACCUUAAAAUCAGUCGCUGUGCGAAGUUUACUGACAUGUUACAGGAUUUUGUGGCACUGCAGUUUAAAGUGUAGUUACCUCUUACUGCCACUUGGUGCUGCCAACGUGCAGCAUUAAUCUGACUGCUGCUGCACAGACAAAUCAACCUGUACAUCAUUGUACACUUUUUCUUGCUGUACUGAAAAAGCCCAAUUAUAUUGAGCUCCCAUGUAUUUGAGAUAAAACACUUUGUAAGCUGUUUGUAAAUGUGUGGUUGAUAAAACAUUGUGUUCUUUGUUGUACUUUAAGGAAGGAAGUGCCUAGCUUGGACUGAUAAAGACAAGCUUGUACUUUCUAUUCCAGUCCUCUGAGCUCCUCUCUUACUUUCUGUUGGCAUCACAAGUUCUUUAGCUUCAUUUACUUUCUGAAGUUGCUACAGCUGCACUGAAAACUGCACAACCCUGCUUAAUGAAAUACUGCUGUCAAGCUUGAUCUGUGUGUGUUAAUCUGUAGAGAAGCAUCAAGAGAAUAAAAUACAUGUCUGUAUAGAUGUAAAGUUCACACAACAAGCUCCAGCACUCAAUUCAUUCAUUGGUAAUCAGAUAAUGUCCUUAAUUAACUUUCAGUAAAGCAAAUUACAUUCAUAUUUUGUGACCGUAAACCUUUCAGGAGAUUUUCAUUAAGUUAAUAAAUGCUAUGUAUUCUUGCAGAUUUUAUUUUUAUGGUCAUGCUUAGGGUUAGAACUACCAACAUAGCCUCUUGAAGUUGUGUAGACAUACUCCAAUAUUGUUGUCCCGCUAAAAGGUUUAAUGGUAUUUCUCUUUUCCUCUAAUUCUAUAUCUGGGUGCUUUUAUUUCUUUACUGUAUGUCAAGCUGUUUGUUGUAAUCAUGGAAUUCACUGUCCCAUUCACCAGUUAUCAUUGUGGCAAACAUCUAUGUAGUUGAUUAUGUGAAUAAUAAUGAUAAACCAAUUCUGCUUUAAAUGCUCUAAUCAACAGUGAAGAGCCUAUGUUUAGUUUUUCAGUAAAAAAAAUUAUUGAGACUUCGUUCAUGUGGUAAUCUAUUAUUUUUGUCUCGCUCUACAACCCUUUUAAUAAUUACUUCAUUAAUGCUUCAGAUUUUAUUUUAUUUUUUAAACAGGAUUGUCCAAUGCAGGAGGUUGAAUCUUUAGACUUUAAGUUUUGUAUGUGGUACACAUAUCAUCUAGCUGAUAAAAGAACAGUCAAUUUUUCUAUUGUAUUUUUCAGACAGUCGGAGGCGGCUGUGGUUCAGGAGGUAGAGUGGUCGUCCAACAGUUGGUUGUUCGAUCCCCAGCCCCUGUGGUCAACAUGUUAAAGUGUCCUUGGUCAAGACCAUGACGGUCAAAUGUAUUUAUAUAGCCCAAUAUCACAAAUGACACAUUUGUCUCAGUGUGCUUUACAGACUGUACAGCAUACGACCCCCUCUGUCCUUAGACCCUCGCACCACACAAGGAAAAACUUCCUAAAAGAAACUCCACAAUUAAAGGAGGAAAAAAUAAUGUGUAUCUUUCCCAACAGUGUGUGAGUGGAUGUUUAUCACUCCUGAUGAGCAUGUGGCAUUGUGGUGGAAAGUUUUAAUUAAGUCUGUAUACAAAUUACCAGAGAAGUCUAUAAUACUGAAAAGAAGAUUCUUGAGAAAUAAA